CUUCUUGUUACCUACAGUCAUUUUAUCCCAUCUGUUCUAUUUUCACUUAAUUUACUAUACACAUUCAUUCACUCUCAGCUUAAAUCAAUUAGUUGGCGCAAUCUGUGGAUGGAAACAUUUGGCAGUUGGACAAUAUUUUCCAAUAAAUAUGGUUAAACAAAAGCUUUUAAAUAUAUUACUGCUUAGUAAUCAAUUUUUUGCAUUUAUGGUGAAAAUUACAUAUAUUAAACAAGUUUAAUUACCACUCAGCAAUUUAUUCUUCUUUAUGAAAUAGGCAUAAAGAAGAUACUCUUGCUCUAUUCCUAAAUAGAGGCAGAUUUUGUUUAAUAACUUUUCUAUAAUAGGAAAACACACUCAAAGAAUUUAUAUGUUUUGCAGCACAAAUAGAAAGCGCUUCCUAGGCCUACAUUAUUGAAGUAAUUACAAAUCUGUAACAGCUGAAUUAGUUGGAAACUUAUCAGUCAUUGUUGUUUUUUCUGAAGAGCAAUCCGUUUUUGCUUAUGGAUUAAAAUUUCUUUCGAAAAAUGACUCUCACUCUUAAUUAUAUGUUAUUACUUAAAAUUCUGUCUACUGUACAAGUUCUACACUGCAAUGAAGAUGAGCUGACAUUUAUUGCUAUAGGUGACUGGGGAAUGGACAAAGCGAAUGGAUCAGUAAAUGGUCAAUUGAGAGUUGCGGAUAGCAUGGCUAGAUGGGCAAAUGAUGUGAAUAAUUUGAAUUUUAUUUUAACUUUGGGAGACAAUUUUUAUCCUGUUGGAACAUUCAAUGUUACUGAUAAGCAGUAUGAUACUAAGUGGAGAGAGGUGUACAUUAAUCCAUAUCCAUCUUUAAGAGUUGACUGGCAAAUUGUACUUGGUAACCAUGACCACAAACUAAACAAUGGAAAAAACCAAAUUGAAUUUUCUAAGUUUGAACCACUUUGGAAAAUUCCAAAUUUCUUUUACUCCUUUACAAAAGAAUUGAAAACAUUUCAAAUAUUAUUCGUUAUCAUUGAUACAGAACUGAUGCUUAAUAAUUCAAAUAAAAAGGAGCAGCUAACAUUUUUAGACAAAACUCUAUUCAAUAGCAAAGCCAAUUGGAAAUUUGUGGCAACUCAUUACCCAAUUUUUUCAACAUCUACUCAUGGAAAUAAUAUUGAAUUAAUUAAUGAUUUAAGACCAAUUCUGAUUAAUAAUAAUGCUGAUUUCUACAUUUUUGGUCAUGAUCAUGUGUUACAGCAUCUUAGUAGUGUAGCCAAUGAUCCUGUUGAUUAUAUAGGAAGUGGUGGUGGUAGUCAAAUCCCAUAUGAUCAAGUACAAGAUCACAUUGAAGAACUAAAGAAAUGGAAUCUUAAAUCAAAUAUGUAUGGUCAAUUUAAUGGUUUUGUUGGCUUUACCCUUACAAAGUACACUGCAACUGUUGAUUUUAUUAAGGAUAAUGGAGAUAUUUUUUAUAGUUUUACUAGAGUUAGAAAUUAGUACAGCAAUAUUUUUUCACAAUGGAUAUAAAGGAAAAUUUAAAUGAAAAAGGUGGAUUUGGCUCUGGAUGUAACACUAAUUUGAAAGCAAUUUUAUUGAAGCUAUAAAUGCUAUAUAUAUAAAUAUAUAUAUAUUUGAAAAUUGUCUGUGUACUCUCCUGCUGUGAGGUUGUAAGUAAGUACUCGUCCAAAUAGAACCGAAUUAGGAGUAAGCCACUUAGAAGAGAGAUGUAGAAUUGAGGGAGGAUUUUUCUUCUUUACAGGCGAUUUUUUGAAUAAUCCAUUGAUUCUACUCAGUAGAGUUUGAACAGAAGUUGAAUAACAAAAGCAAUUUUACUCCUCCUUUUCCUGUUCUAAAAGCCCUACUUAUGUCUUUUUGUAUCAAUGUCAAUUUUAUUUAUUAUAAAACACCAUUAUUUUUCAUGGUGUGGUCAAAAACUGGUAAAAGAAAUAGACAUUAAUUUCUUAAUGAGUGCCUUCCAUUAUAAAAGUAAAAUGAAACUGUUACAUCAGUGUUGUUAAAACUUUCUCUGUAAAUUCAAUAUUUUUUGUUAAUGACUGAUUUUAUCAGCUAAAAUUACUGACAAACAGUCACAAAU